AUGGAUCCCUAUGGAUUGUACGUAGCCGUGGGUUCCAAGAUAUAUGUGGUGGGUGGAGAGUUUUACGAUGGUACGGAACGUACAUGGAAGGCGUCAAGCAUCGACUGUAGAUCUCACACGGUGCAGCACAUCGGCAUUCAUAAGCGCAGGAAAUUUCCUACGGUCGGUGACAUCAUUGACGGUAAGAUUUACGUAAUCCACUCUGAAGGAGUUAUGGUGUUGGAUACAGAAACUCAAAAGUGGGAUCCUUCGAUGAAAAAGCCAGAUGUGGAGCUAGGCAAAACGUAUAUUGAUGGUUCUGUGGUGAUGGGGGAUAAGAUUUACAUGAGAAAUUAUGAUAAUAGCUUUGUUUAUGAGUCAAAGGAAAAUAAAUGGGAAUCGGAUCAGAUGCUGAAUUCUGAGGAAUGGAGGGGUGCGUGUGUCGUCGAUGAUGUAAUCUACUAUUAUAAUAGUUACAUGAAGGGGUUGAGAGCGUAUGAUCCGAAGCAGAGGUGCUGGAGAGAGGUGAAAGGUUUGGAAGAAUUUUCAAAUAAGAUGGCCGGUUCAUGGAGGUCGAAGGCGGGGAGUUACGCGUAUGAUCCAAAGCAGAGGUACUGGAGAGUGGUAAAAGGUUUGGAAGAAUUGUUGAGUAAGACGACUGGUUCAUCGGGGUCGAGGACGGUGAGAUACGGUGGGAAAUUGGCUCUGUUCUUUCAUAAAACUCCUCUAAGGGAGAUUUGGUGUGCGGAAAUUGCUUUGGAAAGACGCCAAGAAGGAGAGAUUUGGGGUAAGGUGCAAUGGUGCAAUGGUGUGAUGUUUUGUUUAAUAAUGGUGAUGGGAGACUUUGUACAAAUGUUUAGCUGUUACGAUUUGAGGAAGAAACUCUCCUUCGUGGAGAUAACUUUCUCCACCUUUAGAUCGCUUUUCUUUCCAAUAUCCUAUAGAUCUGAUUUUGGGGUUGGGAGUUUGUUUGACUUUUGA